AUGGACUACCUACGCUCUCUUAUCGGUGUCAGGACAAAGCAAAUUCGGGUGCCCAAGGUGGCGACGGACGAUGUCUACCCGGUUCACUUCUUCGAUGAUACCAAGCCCUUCCGCGAGAUGCUCCUGAACUGGACGCUUCGCUUCGACGAUGUGCUCGACGCGGAGAAACUUCAUCUUUCUCUCGCCAAACUUUUGGAGAUUGGCGACUGGAGGAAGCUCGGUGGACGCAUGCGGUUAACUGAUGACAACAAACUUGAGCUUCACGUCCCGCAACAGUUUACUUCGGCUCGCCCCGCCAUCCGCUUCUCCCAUGAUGUCCAUGAUUUCAGCAUCAAGGAACACAACAUAGCCAAGCACUUGCCAACCACCACUUCCACCCCGUCCGUCCAGCCCGGUGUCAUCAACUUUUACCACCUUGGUGCACGACAGGAUGCCCCCAGGACCCUCGAGGACCUUCUCUGCUCCGACGAGCCCGGCAUCUCCCUGCACGUCGUCUCCUUCAACGAUGCGACACUUGUCGGUCUGCUCUUCUCCCACGUCCUCUUCGGCGCCGCCGGCAUGCAGGCGCUCGUUGAAGCCUGGUCACAGGUGCUCGCCGGCCGCGAAGCCGAAGUCCCGGCCAUCCACGGCGCCCGCAAGGACAUCCUCGACGAUGUCGGCGUCGACACGGACCCUGAAAAAGAGCCGUUCCUUCUCGACCCGCGACAGCUCAAGGGCUUCCGGCACUUCAGGUUUAGUCUGCGCUUCCUCUGGGACAUUAUGCGUCGUCCGGAAAUCGAGUCCAAGAUCCUCUGUCUUCCCGGCGACUUCGUCGCCAGCCUCCGCGCCCGCGCCAUGGCCGACCUGCACGCCAUGGACGAGAAGGGGCUGGGCACCGAGGAGGCGCCCUUCGUCAGCGAGGGCGACGUGCUCACCGCGUGGUGGACCCGUCUCGUCUGUCUCGCCCGUGGCUCCAACCGUCCCGUCACCGUCCUCAACGCCGUCGACAUCACCGGCCGACUAAAGACCGUCUUCGCCCCCGGAAAGCUCUACGUCCAAAACUUUGCCCUCGGAACCUGGACCCUCCUCAGCUCCGCCGAGGUCCUGAAAGCGCCCCUCGGAUACGUCGCCCGCUGCUUCCGCUACGACAUCCAGACCCAGACCACGCCGUCCCAGAUCAUGGCCUUCAUGCGCCGUCUGCGCUCCGGCGGCCGCUGCAAGUCGCAGCCCCUCUACGGCGACACCAACAGCAUGCUCAUCAUCUUCACCAACUGGGCCCGGUGCAAGUUCUUCGAGUGCAUCGACUUCUCCCCGGCCGUCCUCCCGCGCAUCUCGGAACCGGUCAUGGCUGACGGCGAGAUCCAAGCGAACAGCGACGUCAUCAGCAACGGCGGCGACCCGGAGAAGAAGCCCAACGCUUCCAUCGCCGAGGUCCUCAACCGCCCGCCCCCGGGCAAGAUCGCCUACCACCACUCCCUCGCCCGCACGCGCACCGUCCUCUCCCGCAACGUCUUCACCAUCCUCGGCAAGGACCUCAACGGCAACUACUGGAUCUCGGCGCUGGGCCACCCCGAGUGCUGGGACAAGCUCGAGAAGGAGGUCGCCAUCUCCUCCAUGGACGAGCUCAGACGGCUCAACCCCCAACCUCUCAACUAA